AAGCGUAUAUAAGGCCCCGGACGCCCGGCAAUCAGCAUCCAGUUCGCUUCUGGACGCACCCGGAACAUCGCGAAAGCAAAAAUGAGGAGUCUGAUUCACGUGGCCCUGAUCGCCCUUUUCGCGGUGGCGACGUGGGCUGAGGAUUCCGAGAAGGCAGCCACUCAGGAGGCGUCCAAGGGCACGGCAUCGGCCCUUCCGGAAUCCAAGAAGCAGGAGAAGCGCGGACUUCUCGGGCUUGGCUACGGUUACGCCUACGACGGCGGCUACGACAUCGGCGCCGCUGGCCAUCUCCAGGGUCUCGACCUUGGCCAUGGCUACGGUGGCAGCUACGAUGAUGGCCAUCAUCACGAGAAAGUCAUCACCGUGUACAAGAACGUCCCGGUGCCUUAUCCCGUUGAGAAGCACAUCCCUUACCCGGUAGAGAAGCAAGUCCACGUUCCCGUUAAGGUGCCGGUCCCACAGCCCUACCCCGUAGAAAAGGAAGUUCCAGUACCUUACAAGGUGUACGUGAAGGUUCCGGUCCACAUACCCCAGCCCUACCCCGUUGAGAAGAAGGUUCACGUGCCCGUACACGUGCCCGUCGAUCGGCCAUACCCCGUGAAGGUCUACGUACCUCAGCCGUACCCAGUGGAGAAGCACGUGCCGUACCCGGUGAAGGUACCCGUGCCACAGCCCUACCCCGUCGAGAAGAAGAUCCACGUGCCGGUGAAGGUCCCCGUCCACGUACCCGCACCCUACCCAGUGGAGAAACUGGUACCGUAUCCGGUUAAGGUGGCCGUCGACCGUCCUUACCCUGUACCCGUACCCAAGCCCUACCCCGUCGAGGUCGAGAAGCACGUGCCCUAUCCCGUGGAGAAGCACGUCCCGUACCCGGUGCAGGUACCGGUCGACAGGCCCUACCCCGUGCACGUCGACCGACCCGUGCCCGUAGCCGUCAAGGUCCCCGUGCCCCAGCCCUACCCGGUCGAGACGCCAGUACCGUACCCGGUUGAGAAGCCGGUGCCCUACCCAGUCAAGGUACCCGUCGACAGGCCCUACCCCGUCCACGUGGAGAAGCACGUUCCCGUGCAUGUUGAGAAGCCCGUGCCCUACCCGGUGAAGGUCCCUGUAGCCGUCCCCGUCUACAACCAGUAUUACGGACACGACGGAGGCGCCUACAACGACUACGGCGGUUACCUCCACUGAGUCCGAGUGUCGGCGCUGACCACCAGGCUGACUCCACGCGGACGUCAACUGGCGCCACGUACCACGCAGUACUCGAAAUUAUUUGUAAAUUGUAAUUUAUAGCGCGAGGAAGCUAGAGGAUGCGACGACGAUUGUAAACGACACGUCGACACGUGCUCUUAUUGGCCUCGGAUUAAUGUACACUCGGUUUACCGAAGUUCCCCCGCUCACCUGGGAAUUGUAACGUCCGAAGGGCCGUUGUUCAAGCGCGAAACGAUUAUCACGAGGACGCGAACCUCGAUGUAGAUUAUUGUUUUGUAUCUACUUAGGAGAUUAAUGUAUUUUUUUAUACUGAAAACAUAUAAAGAACACUGAAAAAUAUAUA